AGGAAAUCAUGAACGGGAAGCCAGAUGUCCUGAAGGGAUCCUACUACGCAAACCCAAUUAUCGAUACGCCUGACGUCUCAGACGAGGAUAGGAAGGCUUACCCAGAGUACCAUGGCUCCAACAUAUGGCCCGCCGCCGACGAGAAAGGCGUCGAGGGCUUCGAGGAAGCGUUCAAAGACCUAGGCAGGUUCAUCUUCAAUGUUGGAUGCGAACUGGCUGCCGCUUGCCAGCCAUUCGCACUCUCGCACCUCAACAACUCGGACAUGUCGCUGCCGAAGCUCAUCAGUACCUCGCAAACGACGAAGGCGCGGCUGCUUCAUUAUUUCCCGCCCUCGCCCGACGCUGUGCCCGCGGAGGAUGAGGCUAUCGACAGCUACUGCGGCAUGCAUCUUGACCACUCACUUCUGACUGGUCUCUGCUCGGCCAUGUACCUCGCCGAGGACCCCACGACAGGCGAGGUCACAGUGACCUCCUCGCCCUCGCCUGACUCCGGUCUGUACAUCCGCACCCGCGGCGGCGACCUCACGAAGGUCGCCAUCCCCUCCGAUUGUCUGGCUUUCCAGACCGGCGAAGCCCUUGAAGUCGCCACAGGCAAAAAAUUGCGCGCCACCCCUCACUGUGUGCGCGUCGGCCAAGUCCCCUCCACGCCCAACGGUCCGAAGAUCUCGCGCGAGACGUUCGCUUUGUUCAUGCAGCCCAACGUCAACGAGCAGCUGUCGCCCACGCAGAACUUCGGGCAGUUCAGCAAGGCUGUGUUCAGCGAGCACUACGAGGAUGCGACGAUGUAGGAUCAGAGGAAGGCAACAGGAAGCUAGACACGGAUAAUAUUACUUCUAUGUGCAAAGUCUAGGAUAGAUAGGGUGCUGUAGAUGGGGGAUAUAGGAUACACAUAUACACAGGUCAGACAAGCA